UAUUCAUUUUUUUUCAGGGCAACAAAAUAAUUUUUGAGUAAGGUUUUGUUUAUUUUGUCAUGUUUUGAUUACCUAAUUUUUUUCUGUUUUAAUUAAUACUGCAAAGUUUCUGUGAAUCCAUUUGAUUUUAGAUGGCUAUCGUAAAGAAAGAACCUAAAAUUCGUGAAAAGGCUGCAGAGAAUGUUAAUAAAAAAGAACCGAAAGAAAUAAAAACGAAAAGUCCUCAUGGAGGUGAUGAUAACGAGCCUGAAAUUGCUGUUGCUCAUCUGGCACCAAAGUUAUUUUUACAAUCUUAUCAUCCUCUAUUAUUUAAAGUUGGACUCAGAAUGAGUGCAGGAAGCAUCACUGGAUCAACACAACGCUGUUUAUCGAUGUUAAUUGCUAUUAAACAAAUGAUCCAUGACCAUGUUACCCCCGAAAAUAAAGACUUCGCUCGCAGUUUUCAGGCGGCAUUGAAUUCCGCUGUCAAAUUUCUUAAUCAAUGUCGACCAAUGUCAGUUAGUAUGGUAAAUGGAAUUGCAUUCAUCAAAUCACAUCUUUCCAAAAUUUCAUCCACUGUUCCUGAAGAAGUAGCAAGAAAACAGAUGAAGAGUUUGGUAGAAGGGUUUAUGACAAAAGAAAUUGAAUUAGCAGUCAAAGCUAUAACAAAGGAAGGAGCGAAAAAAAUUGACCAUGAUGGAGAAGUUAUUUUAACUUAUGGAAACCCUCUUUUAGUAAAAAAUAUUUUACUAAAAGCUUUCAUGGAUGGCAAAAAUUUCCAUGUAAUCGUUGUUGACGCAAAACCAAGAAUGGUUGGAAAAGAUCUGAUGAAGUGUCUAGUUUCUCGAGGUGUUAAAACAACUUACAUUCAAAUAAAUGCGAUAGCCCAUGUAAUGAACAAGGUAACCAAAGUUUUUCUUGGUGCUCAUGCCAUGUUGGCUAAUGGGUACGCUAUGGCAAGCAUUGGCAGUGCUCAAAUAGCCUUAGUAGCAGAUUCGUUCAAUGUUCCAGUAUUAGUAUGCUGUGAAACAUUUAAGUUUUCUGAGAAAGCAAUCCUGGACUCUUUUGCUUUAAGUAAAUCAGGUCCACUGAAACCGCAGGAAGACUUCUUUAAUUAUGGUAACACGGGAAAAUCGAAAGAUUCGAAAGGAAUUAAAAGUAAACAAGAUGAAGUCCAGAAAAAAGAGAAAAAGGUUAAUGUGCUUAGCCUUUCCUAUGAUUUGACUCCUCCAAGUUUUAUUACUAUGAUAAUUACUGAAAAAAGUUUCCUCCCGGCUAGCUCAGUUUCAGCUGUUAUUAGGAAUAGGACUCAUGAAUUACAAUAAAUUUAUCUGUUAUAUUUUACUGUAAAAAUUUAAUAAAUUUACACUGGUUAUAUCGAUCAAAA